GCAGAACCUUACAGGAAGUUGUUGCAGAAUGGAUUAGAAAGCUAAACAAUAGGGAAAUUGACCGAACAAGGAUGCCACUCAAUCACGCUGAGAGGAUAACUGCAGAAACUCAUGUUUGCAGCACUUGCUACGAAAAGUUGGUCUCCUUUCUUUUGUAUUGGUACCGGAUAUCUUUACCCAUUUAUCACCUACUGCCUGAUGCAUCGCAAAGGGAGGACUGCUGGUAUGGACAUGCUUGUCGAACACAACACCAAAAUGAAGAACAUGCUAGGAAAAGAAAUCAUGUGUGUCGUCCUACAAGGGGAAGCUAGUAUGUAGCUUCUUUCUUGCGAUGAUUAAACUUAGGCCCUCCUAUCAACAUAUAUGCUCUUACUGCUCAUGUUUCUUCGUUUUGUUUACUCAAG